AUGUCGUCAUCUUCUAGCUCAGAUUCAAGGACAUUAAAAUCAGUAUGUUUCCAUGGAGACGAAGCAGUUAUAUUCACGUCAAAUACCGACCUCAAUCCUUGUCGUCGAUUCCGACGUUGCCGCAACAUACAGAAUGCAUGUACAUACUUUUCUUGGGUUGAUCCGGAGCUUGGACCAUUUCAGAAAUCAUGUUUUCUGAAACUGAAGGCUGAGAAGGCAUUACUGGAGGAGCAAUUAAAAUGCAGAGAUGUUACUGAAGUAGCAUUGGUUGAGAGGCUGAAAAUGAAGGAAGAUGAACUAUUGUAUCUUAAAUCCAAAGUAAAUGAGUUGGAGGAGCAAGUACAAGUCUUGUCCAAGAGAAACAGAUUCAGAUAUCCUAUUGUGUGUGUGUCAGUUGUGUUAUUUGUUGUUUUGCUUUUGUUCUUUGGUAAAGAGGAAAAUGGUUGA